AUGAACGUCUUUCGUCGCGGUUUCGCCAUGGCCUCGACAUCAGCAGCCAGCCUCAAGCAAGCGCGCAAGGUCGUGUGCAUCGGUCGCAACUAUGCGGACCAUGUCGCUGAGCUCAACAGCGCCCGGCCUAAGCAGCCUUUUUACUUCUUAAAGCCGACCAGUUCCAUCCUGCUCCCAGGAGAGGGCCCUGUCAUACGGCCUAGGGGUGUCGAACUUAGCUAUGAGGUUGAGCUUGCCCUAAUUAUGGGAAAGACAUUGAAGGACUUCCCCGUUGAGGAUGAAGCUGGUGCUAUCGACGCCAUUGAGAGCUAUGCGCUGGGCAUUGACAUGACUGCUAGGAAUGUCCAAUGGGAGGCCAAAAAGAAGGGCUUGCCCUGGUCCAUCAACAAGGGCUUUGACACCUUCCUGCCUAUGAGCAAUAUUAUCCCAAAAUCGGCCAUCCCCAACCCUCACUCCAUAGAACUAUAUCUGUCUGUCAAUAACGAGGUUAAGCAGAAUGACUCAACAGAGCUUUUCCUCUUCCGAGUUCCCCAAAUGCUGAGCGCCAUCUCUAAAGUCAUGACUCUAGAGAAGGGUGACAUCGUCUUAACGGGAACUCCGAAGGGUGUUGGACCGGUCGUUCCUGGAGAUGUCAUGCGUGCCGGUAUUAGAGUUAAUGGCAAGGAAAUCGAAGAAGCUAAGAUUGAGGUCCCCGUUGAAGAGUCAACAGGCGCUUACGAAUACGCUGAGACAUAA